UAUACUUUCGUCGGCAAGCAGAGAAUAUCUGUGUAGCGGCAGUAUUCGCAUCACAUCUAUGUUAAUAGUGGUUAGGAAUAACCUGAAAUAAUCCGAAAGCAUACAUUCGGACGGAAAACACUUGUCGCAAAUAGCCAUGGGAUUUCUGACAGAAAAGAUAAUACUGCUGUGCUGCGUUUUACUAGUCAACUUAGACUACAUGCUUUUCGAGGAUCCAGGUUUUAUUUUUGCAGAUGAAGUUUGUGCUGAUAACGAUGGUUGUAAAAAGCAACUGGCAUGUAUCGAAGGAAUAUGUCUGAAUCCGUGUCCUGGUCCCUGCUACGGAAAUACGAUCUGCGAGGUACUCGAACAUGUACCGUCCUGUAGCUGCAAGCCUGGCUUCUCUGGCAACCCUGUCACUGGCUGUGAAGAGAAAGUCCCCGUUAAUCAAUGUAAUAAUAACACUCCUUGUGAUAAUCUACUGGCAUGUAUCGAUGGAAAAUGUCAGGAUCCAUGUCCUGGUCCCUGCCAGGGCAAUACAACCUGCGAGGUCCGGGACCAUGUACCGCACUGUGACUGCAAGCCUGGCUUCUCUGGCAACCCUUUUACUGGCUGUCAAGGACAAGGGUCAGUUGAUCAGUGUAUUAACAACAAUAACUGUGACAAACUGAUGGCAUGUGUCAACGGAAAAUGUAAGGACCCAUGUUCUGGUCUUUGCAGCGACAAUGCUACCUGCGAGGUCCACGAUCAUGUACCGUACUGUACCUGCAUGCCUGGGUUCUCUGGCAACCCCAUCAUUGGCUGUAAAGAUAUAGUGCCAGGUGCCUCUGGUCAGACUAAAUUUCACUCCAGCAAUGAACAAAACUACGACAGUGAUGGUUCUGUGGAUAUCAUAGAAAGAGUUGUAGACGACUCUUCCUCAGACAAUUCAUCUGAAAGUGACGAAGAGGCUACUGUUAUUGAGGUUCCAACUCGGAGUAUUACAACAGCACGUUAUUCUCAUAGGUGUUUAAUAAUAGGCAGCAGACCUCCGGGCAAAAAGGUCUACAGAGUGGAGAGACUCGUCAAGGUUAACUUUUAUGCAGCAUUUUCUCACUGUAUAUCCCACGGUGGAAGAUUGGCUACUGUCGAAUCUAAAGAUGAAAAUGCACUGAUCAAAGAAGAGAUCAGAAAGACAGGGAUACGCAAUUACGAAUUCUGGACGUCCGGGACAAACUUAGGGGGAGACUGGCUCUGGAUGUCUUCUGGAGAUAAACUGCCAGAGUUCAAGGACUGGAAUAUUCGAGAGCCUAACAACCUGGGAGGAAACGAGCACUGCUUGGAGUUUUAUGAGAUGGAUAGCAACGGGUACGGGUGGAAUGACAAAAGCUGCGAUCAGGAGGUUUACCCGAUAUGCGAAUAUUUUGAAUAGAAUGUUACUAUAUAUUUUUCACACAUUUAAUUAAAACGGCGACUAUAGUUAUAAUUCAGAAAUAAACGUUCCAACAGUA